UUUCCUCUGUAUAUUCUCUCCGUCAGCAGAUUCUUCCAAAAAAUUAAUUAAAAAAAAAAAAAAAACCCAUCGCUCUCAGCCUUUAAAGGCCCUUCAGAUACUCAUUUGCUGCUCAUAUUUUGUGUCUUCACAGAUUUUAGAGUGAGAAAUUAGAGUUAUUUUUGGAGAAAAUGUCAGGCGGUAUUGCUCGUGGGAGACUCGCUGAAGAACGCAAAUCGUGGCGAAAAAAUCAUCCCCAUGGUUUUGUGGCAAAGCCGGAGACACUGUCUGAUGGGACUGUGAAUUUGAUGGUGUGGCACUGUACAAUCCCUGGUAAACCUGGGACUGAUUGGGAGGGUGGUUUUUACCCGCUCACUAUGCACUUCAGUGAAGACUAUCCGAGCAAGCCACCAAAGUGUAAAUUUCCCGCAAAUUUCUUCCAUCCUAAUGUCUAUCCAUCUGGAACUGUUUGCCUUUCAAUUCUCAAUGAAGACAGUGGGUGGAGACCAGCCAUCACAGUGAAGCAAAUUUUGGUUGGGAUUCAGGAUUUGUUGGAUCAGCCCAACCCUAACGAUCCUGCGCAAACUGAAGGAUACCAUAUGUUCAUCCAGGAUGUUGUAGAAUACAAGAAGAGGGUUCGUCAACAGGCCAAGCUGUAUCCAUCAAUUCUCUGAAAUCUGCACACACGGUUGUUUUAGUUUGUGACCAUUUCUAGUUGUUAGAAACACUUGUUUCUUUGUAAGUUUUCUAUUUCUAUUUCAAAAAAUUCGAGCUUGUGUAUUACAAUAGAUCAUCCAUUCCCCCGUAUCUUGUGUGCCGUGUGCAGUGAACCUUAAUCAAUGGUGUUCGACAUUCUUGACUUUGGUGUGUCCCUUAGUCAAUUGCGUUUGUCAUGUUGAUA